AUCCGACGACUUUCGUUUUCAGCUCUCCUACCUACAUCGAUAAUCUUUUCCUAUAAAUUCGAUAUCGUACUAAUUUUAGUAGCUAAACAUCUCACCAACAAAGCAAAGAAAAAUUGUGUGUCAUAAUGGAUAGCCAUUGUCACCGUAGUAUUGCUCACUAUUUGCUUCUUUUGCUUUUGUUCUCUUCCUGCAUGCAGAGUACUACUAAACUCUGUUUCUGUUUGGCUGGUGAAGAAAUUUCAAGCAGUGUGAAGACAAAUUCAUGCAUUGAUGAAGAAAGACAAGCGCUUCUCGUCUUUAAACAACAUCUUGUUGAUCAUUCUGGUAGGCUUUCGUCUUGGGUGGGUCAUGAUUGCUGCCAAUGGGAAGGUAUUUCAUGCAACAACAGCACUGGUCAUGUCGUGAAGAUGGACCUCCGGAAUCCAUAUGACUUUUUUGACCGUGAUGAGUAUGAAGAGCGGAGAAAUGCUUCUUUGGGAGGUGGAGCCAGAAUGUGUUUGACUUAUCUUCCAAAAAUUUGAAUUGGCUUUCUCACCUCACUUCCCUGAAAUACAUUAAUCUCAAUGGCGUUGAUCUUAGCAGCACAGGAGUCAGUUGGGCAUAUGAUAUUAACAUGCU